AUGAUAUACUCAAAAUUAGAUUUAUUCUCAUCAUAGUUCUCAUUCAAUGUAGGCAAUUAAUUAAAAAAGGGUACUCUUUUUGGAACCAUACUAACAGUUUUUGUUAUUUUAGGAAUUUUUAUUUAUUUUCUUUCCAUUAUGUAUGAUUAUGCAAAUAAUUACAUUGAGCCAAGUUUUAGAUCCCAAACAUUUAUACACGAUACAUAAAUUGAUCUUACAUUAAAUAAAGAUUUGGUUGCUUUCAGGUAUGAAUAUGACACAAACCUUAGCAUAGACUUAAUCUAAAAAGAUUAGAAUAAAACUUAUGUCGUUUAUAUGGCUUAAUUUUACCUUUUUAAUAGAAGUGAACAAGUAGUCAUUUAGUUAGAUGUUAUUGAUUGCACUAAUCCUAUUCUAAUAGGAUUUAAAUGUUUAAAUUUCUCUAAAAUUUUAAAUCACACUCUCUCCUUAGAUACAAAAAAUAGUUUAAUCUCUUAAAUUAAUAUAAACACCUAUGGGUGCUAUGAUUAAGAUGAUGUUAAGACCUAUAUCCCUGAAAAUUGUGCUAGUUAAAAAGAAAUUGACAGAAUAAUAAAUGGUUAAAAUGCUGUUUUGAGACUAUAGUUGUUAACUUCGUAGUAUAAUACAUCAUCCUAAGAAGUAUAAAACAGUUAUAGAAAUGCAUAUGUGUUCACGUUAGCUAACUAGUAAAUACUAUCCAGAAUAAAGAUUUAAAAAUAAGUUACUUCUGUUAAAAAAGGACUUUUAAUUUAAGAGCAAACUUCGUUUUCUUCACCUAUUUCUUAUACUUAGUAAGAUUAAACUUUAGAUAGGAAUUAUACAAGUAAAUAUGUUGGUGUAGAGCCAUACAGUAAAAUGUUGAUAUAUCUAGAUGAAGUAGUGUAGCAAACAGAAAUUUAAUAUCCUUCGCUUCCUUAAGUAUUUUCUUAGGUCAAUAGUACACUAACACUUUUGAUGAUGGUUGGUGUGGUUGGCAGAGCUAUAUCAUUAAAAUCAAUACGAAAAGACUUUCUCUUACUAUUUUUAAAUAAUAUUUAUCAAGACACCCUUUUUCAAGUUUUAAAACAAGAUUGUUUGAAUUAGUAAUUAGAUUAAUAACAAAAUAGCAAUUAGUAACAAUUAAAAAAGUAAAUAUCUCAAGAGGAUAAAACAAAUUAAAUAUUAAAUAAAGAAGAGGAAAUAGAAAUAGAUGAUGUUAAAGAGAGUGAUGUAAUUACCCCAUCAUAAUUAAUUCCUUCCUUCUAUAAUAAGUUUAAAUAACAAUUAGAUGGUAAACUUUCAACUUUCUCAAUAUAGAAUGGUCAAACCAGCUAAUUAUAAGACACUUUAAAUUUUAGCGUUGCAAUCAAUGAAUAAUAAAAUAUUGUGGAAAAUACAUAAAAUAAGUUUAAAUAUUUAGAUAAUUUGAGCUUUAGCUUUAAAGAGUCAUAAAUAUUAAAUUAGAAACCUUUAAACUAAAUAAGCCAAAAACCAUUCUUUUAGCUAAAAAAAUAAACUUUGAAAAAGAGUAAAACCAAAGAAAGUAUUUUUAAUUAAAAGACUUCAAGUACAUAAGAAAAUAAUGCUGUUAAAAAGAAAAGCUAUUAAUAUGAAUUAAAAUAAAAACAAGAAAAAGCCAAUGAAGAGAUAUCUGAAAAAAAGAAUUCAAAUAGUUACAAGCAGAGAAUAUCUGAAAUGUAGAAGAUGGGGUAUUCUGAUAAAGUCAAAAAUCUCAUAUUUGGAUAUAAAAUUUGUAAACGAAGGUAAGAAAAAGUGAAUUAUUUAAAUACUUAAAGGCAGAUCUAAGCAAUUUAAAAAUAACUUUUGGGUGAAUUAAAUAUUUUAAACUUCUUUUCAGACUUUAUGUUCUUGAAGAAAGCUAUCAUGCUUAUACUUACUUAAGAUUAGUUAGCAGCUUUGAAAUGUAUCGGACUUUCAUCUAAUAUUUUAGAUUUAGACUAAAAAAAUAUAGAGAAUAGCUUUGAUUAAUAUGAAAAUAGUUUAAGUCACUAUGAAAAGUAAAAUUUAAUAUUAAAAUCUGAGAAAUUAUAGUAGAAAUUUAUAGAUAAUUUUAUGAACAGGUGCUCUGGUAGUAGCAAUAAACUUAAUGAUCUUGAUAUUUAAAUUUUAUCACAAUUAAAAUAGAGUUAUAUAAAUAAAUGA